AGCCGCCCGGCGGGCCUGAGCGACCCUCGCAGCGGCACGGUCCUGCUCCGCCGCCCGCCGCCAUGGACGUGUACCCCCCGCGCCGGCUGGGGCUGCCCCGCGCGCGCUCCCCCGGAGGCUCCAGCCGCGGGUCCCCCUCCGUCAGCUGCAGCCGACUCCGGCAGGUUCAGAGCAUCCUGACCCAGAGCAGCAAGUCUCGGCCUGAUGGAAUCCUCUGCAUCCUAGGAAUUGAUAGCAGGUACAAUGAAGGCUGCAGAGAGCUGGCAAAUUAUCUUCUAUUUGGUUUGUACAAUCAAAAUACCAGUGAUUUUGAGAAAACAGGAUUUUCUGAAGAAGUUCUAGAUGAUGUAAUUAUAUUGAUUAAAUCAGAUAGUGUCCAUCUGUACUGUAAUCCUGUAAACUAUCGCUAUCUCUUACCCUGUGUGGCACAUUGGAGAAAUCUGCAUUUCCACUGCAUGACUGAAAAUGAGUAUGAAGAUGAGGAAGCUGCAGAAGAAUUUAAAAUUGCCAGCUUUGUGGACAUGGUUCGAGACUGUAGUAGAAUUGGCAUUCCUUACAGCUCCCAAGGUCACUUGCAGAUAUUUGAUAUGUUUGUGGUGGAGAAAUGGCCAAUUGUGCAGGCCUUUGCACUUGAGGGCAUUGGAGGGGAUGGAUUUUUUACCAUGAAAUAUGAGUUGCAGGAUGUGAGUUUGUAUCUAUGGAAUGUCUACAGCAAGAUGGAUCCUAUGUCUCUGGAGAGUUUGCUUUCAGAAGAUUUGGUGGCUUUUGAACAUCAGUGGACUAGCUUCUUUGCUAAUUUUGACACAGAAAUUCCCUUCCUGCUGGAACUUUCAGAAUCUCAGGCGGGUGAGCCAUUCAGAAGUUACUUCAGUCAUGGAAUGAUCUCCAGCCAUAUAACUGAAAACAGUCCUAAUAGGCAGCCAUUUGUUCUCUUUGGUAAUCACUCCACACGAGAAAACCUGAAUGCUGGCAACUUUAACUUCCCUUCUGAAGGACACCUGGUACGCAGCACUGGUCCUGGUGGGAGCUUUGCCAAGCACAUGGUAGCACAGUGCGUCUCACCAAAGGGACCUCUUGCUUGUUCAAGAACAUACUUUUUUGGAGCUACUUAUGUUCGUUACCUGGGUGGUGACAACAAGCUACCCAAGAAAACCGAACAAAUUAGGCUCUUGUCCCAGGUAUAUGCUGCUGUUGUUGAGGCUGUUUUGGCUGCCAUUGCAUGUUAUGCUAAAACUUCCAGUCUAACAAAGGCCAAGGAGGUAGCAGAGCAGACCCUGGGAUCUGGGUUAGAGUCCUUUGAGUUGAUUCAGUUUAAGGCAGCCCUGCGCUCCAAGAUGGCUUUUCAUAUACAUGCUAUGAAUAAUCAGGGAAGAAUUGUGCCUCUGGACAGUGAAGAUAGCUUAUCCUUUGUGAAGACGGCUUGUAUGACCAUCUAUGACAUUCCUGACUUGCUGGAAGGAAAGGGGUGCUUAGGAUCUGUGGUCUUCUCAGAAUCAUUUCUGACAUCUCAGAUCUUAGUGAAAGAAAAGGAUGGCACUGUUACCACAGAAACCAGCUCCAUAGUCCUGACGGCUGCUGUACCCAGAUUCUGCUCGUGGCUGGUAGAAGAUAAUGAAGUAAAAUUGUCUGAGAAAACCCAGCAAGCAGUGAGGGGGGAUGAGUGUUUCCUGGGCACUUUUCUAACAGGAGGAGAAGGAGCAUAUCUUUAUUCCGGCAAUCUACAGUCCUGGCCUGAGGAAGGGAAUGUGAAUUUCUUCUCUAGCGGCCUUCUGUUUUCUCACCGUCAUCACGGAAGUAUCGUCAUUUCCAAGGAUCACAUGAAUUCCAUUUCCUUCUAUGAUGGGGAUUCUACCAGUAUUGUUGCUGCCCUUCUCAUAGACUUCAAAAGCUCAAUGCUUCCUCAUCUCCCAGUUCAUUUCCAUGGAUCAAGCAAUUUUCUGAUGAUUGCCCUUUUCCCCAAAUCAAAGAUAUACCAGGCAUUUUACUCAGAGGUCUUCUCCCCCUGGCAACAGCAGGAUAACUCAGGGCUCUCUUUAAAAGUGAUCCAGGAAGAUGGAUUAUCUGUGGAACAAAAGAAAUUACACUCCAGUGCACAGACGCUCUUCAGUGCCCUGAGCCAUCCUGCUGUGGAGAAACGGAGUUCUCUAAAGCUACUCUCAGCUAAACUCCCAGAGCUGGACUGGUUUCUCCAGCAUUUUGCCAUCAGCAGCAUUAGUCAGGAGCCUGUGAUGCGGACCCAUCUUCCUAUCCUGCUGCAGCCAGCUGAAAUCAACCCUACUCACAGAGUAGAAAAUGACAAGGUAAUUAUCAGCAUUGUAACCGGCCUCCCAGGCUGUCAUGCUAGCGAGCUCUGUGCUUUUCUGGUCACUCUGCAUAAGGAAUAUGGCAGGUGGAUGGUGUACCGCCAAAUCAUGGACAGCUCCGAAUGUUUUCAUGCUGCCCACUUCCAGAGAUACCUUUCCAGUGCCCUGGAGGCCCAACAGAACCGCUCUGUCCGCCAGUCAGCCUACAUCCGCAAGAAGACCAGACUGCUGGUGGUGUUACAAGGCUACACAGAUGUUAUUGAUGUUGUCCAGGCCCUACAAACCCACCCGGACUCAAAUGUCAAGUCCUCCUUUACCAUUGGCGCCAUCACAGCGUGCGUGGAUCCUCUAAGCUGCUACAUGGAGCACAGAUUUCUUUUCCCUAAAUGUCUUGACCAGUGUUCACAAGGCCUGGUGAGUAAUGUGGUGUUUACCAGACACACCAUGGAGCAGCGGCACCCUGUCCUUGUUCAGCUGCAGAGCCUCAUCAGGGCUGCCAAUCCUACCGCAGCCUUCAUUCUUGCAGAAAAUGGGAUUGUCACCAGGAAUGAAGACAUUGAGCUGAUUCUCUCAGAAAAUAGUUUUUCAAGUCCUCAGAUGCUACGAUCUCGAUAUUUAAUGUACCCUGGCUGGUAUGAAGGUAAAUUUGAUUCUGGAUCAGUCUUCCCACUAAUGGUUCAGAUCUGCGUAUGGUUUGGCCGUCCGUUGGAAAAGACUCGCUUUGUGGCCAGGUGUAAAGCAAUUCAGUCCUCCAUCAAGUCAAGUCCCUUCUCUGGAAACAUCUACCACAUCCUGGGCAAAGUCAAGUUUUCAGACUCCGAGAGGACCAUGGAGGUCUGCCACAAUACUCUGGCCAACUCCCUGAGCAUCAUGCCUGUUUUGGAGGGACCCACACCACCGCCCGACUCCAGAAGCACACCUCAAGACAGCAGUGGGCAGCAGGAGUGCUACCUCGUGUUCAUCGGCUGCUCCCUGAAAGAGGACAGCGUCAAGGACUGGCUGCGGCAGUCAGCUAAGCAGAAGCCUCAGAGGAAAGCCCUGAAGACCAGGGGGAUGCUGACCCAGCAGGAGAUCAGGAACAUCCAUGUGAAACGCCACCUGGACCCCCUACCAGCAGGCUACUUUUAUAAUGGCACCCAAUUUGUUAACUUCUUUGGUGACAAGACUGAUUUUCACCCACUCAUGGACCAGUUCAUGAAUGACUACGUGGAAGAAGCCAACCGAGAAAUCGAGAGGUAUAACCGUGAGCUGGAGCAGCAGGAGUAUCAUGACCUCUUUGAGCAGAAGCCCUAGAAGAAGCCUAGGGCCGUACGUCCUGCACAAUGUCCUCCCUGGAGAUGGACGAAUGGGUGGCCCCUCCCUGAGGGGGCUGUCUUUGUUCUCCUUGGCCUACGUGUGCUGGCUUGAGUGCAUGUUAUCUUUAUUCUCUAUACAGCGCUGAAGAGCAUCACCUGCACCACUGAUUUGGGGGGGGGGGUGGUCCUCAAGGAUGAGCACACUGGGACUGCCUGUGUGUGCAGCUGGCAGUCCAGGAGCUCUGGGUCUCUGAUGACAGUACCUCCUCUGGGCAGUUGAGGCACUGUGUGGGGGUAAGGAGAAGCAUUUGGAUUGCACAGCGGAGCUGCUGGGACUUAAAAGGAACCCUAGCUGUGGCUGUGCCUGGGGGCCAGGCCACAACAGGCCUCAGGCCUCAGAUGCUGCCCCAGGAGAGCCGUCACCCACAGUGGAGUGCCUGCCUCCCCUGCUUAGGCCCCUUCCAUUGAAGGACCUGGCCCUACUAGCCCCUGACCCAGGCUUGGGGUGAGCAGCCAAGCCCAGCCCACAGAGCCAGCAGCUUAGGCUGAGAACAACCGCUUGUUCUGAAAUGAAGGGAUUCCCCUUAUAGACUAAACUGAAGGAAAGGCACGUUGUUUUCCAGAAGGAUGUGGCUCUCAAGCUGACAUCAGCAUUCCCCCUUGUGCUUGGUUCUUGAGCUCUCCUGUGGCAUCACUCGGGUUUCCCUGAUUCAGGGUCAAGAGCAAGCCUGCUGCCCAAGCCCCCCUGCUAAGGCUUCACCUAACUGUGAAGGGGAUCAUCCUGCAGCUGUUAGUCUCAGGCCUGGGGUCUGCUCACUUGUGAGGCAUCAGCCUCCAGCACCCAGCCUUCCCACCAGCCUUGCCAGGGAAGGCCUGCUUUUCGGCCGCAAACUUCAGGAAACUCAUACCCCCCAUGCAUUGUUGCUGGCGCUCAGCUUGUUUGGCUCCUGAGGACCAGGAAUUUCAAAGAAUUCCAAUACCCAAGUUAGAAUUCCUUCCAGUGGCAUGGUAAAGCAGAGGGGAAUUACAAGUGUGUCCUGUGCCUGACCUUCAUAAUUACUGUAGGGAUGGGGGGUGGGGGUGUCACAGGCACUGAUAUUUAGGUGAUGUCUGUCAGGACUUCAGCGUCUUGGCUGCCUAGAUUGUAAAUGUUUUCUGAAUUUCACAUUUUUUUGCAUGCCUUAGGAAGAAGCACAUAGAUGAAACCAGCAAAGUUUCUAGUAAUGUAGAGGGGUUUUUAAGAAAGCCCCCUGAUGCAGAGGGGAGAGAGGAUGGAACACACAGGGUCUGUGUGCCUGGUCACACAGAGGCCUGCAUGCAAGUAGCAAAGCAAUUGUCAACAGCUUGUCAAUAAAGUGUACUAGAAAAAAAAUUUGUAUUUGAAGCCAAAUGAACAAAACUCCAAAUACCAUUGAAUAAGAAAUCUUGCAUUAAGAAAGGCUUCUGAAAAGGCCCAUGUGCUCCAGUCUCUGCUCCAAAGCCACUGGUGACAAAAGCCCCACUGUGGAGCCCAAGUCUGGGAGCCCCUGACUUCUGGCUGGCCAGAGGCCAGGGUCCACGAAGGGCCUGCCUCUGCUUCAGAAUCAAUAACAUAGAUCUUAAGUGCAAUUGAUUAAUAAGCAAUGAGUUACUGUAGCUUCCUUUAGCUCUACCGAGCUCUUUUUAAAAACUCAAACUUGAGCAGCCUUAGAAGAGGGAGGGGGGUGGGGGGUGAGAAACACAGGCCAUUUCCUCUAGGUGGGUUUCUGUGAAGUUUUAAAAGAAAGCUCUGGAUCUGGGAGCUUGAGCCAUUUCCUGGCUGCCCUGGCCUGGCAGUCUGGCUGCUGCACAGAAGAGUUUUUAAAGAGGGGUCGGAGCCCGCCCAUAUGGGUGGGCCUUCCCACCACGUGGGGCUGUACUGCGUGGUGGUCCUGGUUUCUGACCAUUUUCCAUAGAAAUGCUCUCUCACCAACCUGCCCCACGGUCCCAAUUCCUUUCCUCUUGGAGGAAAAACUGUGAUUACCUCAACUUGAAUAUGAAACUGUGAUUGAAAAAAGUCAAAACAUUAAGAAGUAUCAAAGCCAAAAAGGCAAAACUGGCUGAGGCCUCUAGAGAUGCUCCUCAGCCUGCUCGGGCUUGUGAAGGGGCACACUGGCGAAAGGGCAUUCCUCGGGGCGCACUGUGCGAGCUCUUGGAGGACUGAGGCCCGGAGGACGCCUCUUUCCAGAACCUGCCGGGCCUCCGGGUUCCGACUGUGAAGUUCAGCAUCCACUUGAUUGCUGUGUGGGAAGCCAGGUCUUAGGCUGUCUCCAGAGGAAGGGCCAUGACACUGUGUUUUAGCUUUUGACCACAGAAGUGGAUCCGGGGCACCCAGCAAAGACACCCAGGGUGGGUUCCUAGAAAAGGCAGCAUCCUCCAGGAGCUACAUGCUUUUUGCCAACUUUCCUGUUAGCAGCUUCGGUUUUAUAUCACCCAGAGUGUGUGUGAUGAUGUUGAAGUCGCUGAAGUUAUAGGUUAUUUUAUGUUUUAACAUGAGAUUUUUCUGUUUAUGAUUGGAAAGAGGAGGCAGAAAUUGGAGAAAACAGGAUUACCUUUGGAAGGGGCCACUGGUGAGGAGCCGGGCUGGCCCCUGUGAGCCCUGGGGGCUCUCUGACCUGAGGCCUGGAUGCUGGGCCCUUCAGGUUGCAAGAAAAAGUUCCCUCCUAAAUUCUAAUAGGAUUUUGGAGAAUUUUUGCACAGUAAUAAGCUCUGGGUUGAUCUUUGGGCUUCUCAAAAGGGAAACGUUCAACUCAAAGAUUGUAAACUAUUAAGUAUUCCAGCCGUGUUGCUGACUUAGUUGGGUAGUUGUACCUCAAGAAGUAGGUGAGAAGUGGUUUCUUCAUUGUCCCAGGGUGUUAAAUACUAAUGACAUAAGAGCUCACUUACGUGCCAAAAUUCAUUUUUAUACUAGUUUUUCAGUGCUUUAAUAUUUGUAACUUAAAUUUUAAAACUCAUAUUUACAAACACUACUGUAACUUCAGUGAAACUGAAUUGUGUGAUUGAAGCUUUUUGCUUAUUAUAGUAUUUAUUACACUACUUAAUUCAGUAAAUAUAUAAAAGUAGCCUUCAAUUUAUUUUUAUAUUAUUUUACAUGUUUUUACCUGCAGUUAUGUAUGUGAAUUUACCUUGGUAAUUAAGAUGUUAAUGCUAAGGACCAAUAAACUAUCACUGAACAA